AUCAAUGCAAUGACAGCGAUUGGAUUAUGGAUACUAUUAAUAUAUCUGACAUGUGUAAAUCGGUUAAGGCAAACACAAUGGGUCUAAGAAUUAAUCCCGCUAAUCUUUCCUGAUAUAAGACUCCUUUCGCUGAACGACGUAUAUAUAUUUGAUGACAAUAUUAAUGGAUCUAUAAGCAAAUAUUUCGGAGCGGAGUUACAUAAGGUGGUAAUGUCUGACAUCAGUUUUAACUGCUACCGCCCUCCCAAGCCCAACCAAUCUCAUGCUUGGUGUUUAGAAAUUGCUGAAAAUCCCCCUGAUGAUUUAAUGUCAUCAUUGAAAUUAUGCAGCACUUUUUUAACUCAAGCAAUUGAACAAGAUAAUGAGGUUGAUUUACAUAUGGCUCACACUUUGACGCAGCUAUUACCUGUGUUUGUUGCUGAAUCCCAUGAUAGUUCAAUCGAGGAUUCAUAUGUACACCAUUAUUUAGCUCCCAUACUUCAGUCAAUAUAUAGUACGGACAAAAGAUUCACUGUUCGAUGGGCCAAUGGCGCCUUGAUUGAAGACUCCGUAUAUAAACCUGACUUCCAAGUAUUCAGCCGUAUAAUUAAUAUCAAGUGUAUUGUAAUUGUAGCAGAAUUUAAACCUAAGUCGCAUAAUUCAGCCAUAGAGUCUGAUUUGAUCAAGCUAGGAAAACAGAUGAAAAUUAUGUACAAUGAAUUGGUUGAGAAAAGAAUACCUACACCUACAGUCUGCGGGUUGUUAUGUCAAGGCGAAAAUUUAAAGACAUAUGUAAUGGAUAUGCCAUCUCCUCUCACGUAUCGAAUGGUGAAGCUAUCAAGUGUCACCUUAUGCAAAAACGUCGAGGAAUUACAUCUUUUGCCAACUUUUAUUUCUAAGCUGAUUCAAAUUAAGAACAUCACGAUUGAGAAUGUAACAAAAGCAGAAGAUUGUAUUAUCACAGCCAAUAAUUCCAUGCAUCGCCCGCCACACAAUCCCCCAGAAUCGUGGCUUUCGUAUAGCUUUUGCCAGCUAUCAAGAUCAAAUAAAAAGAGAAAACAGGACGACUAAGAAUCAAAUGGAACUCGUUUUUUUGAUAAUCAAUAUAUUAUACCUCACGCAUGCACUAUAAUUGUUACUGCAAUAAAUUUUUAAGUUCU